AUUUACCAGUGCUGCAAAUUAGCAGGAACUUCUAUGGUGUACUUUUGGACACUCUGGAAUACUUGCAUUUUGGUGUCUAGUAAUAUUUUUAAAAAAAGGAGGAAGUGAAAAACCCGGAAGUUAUCGUUGAAUGAACAAAGACAUUUGGAGGAAAAAAAUGACUGCUGGAGUUUUGCCAGCGUCUCUUCUUCUACUACUCUUGUUUCUGUUGGGGUCAUGUGACGCAUGUCUGCCAAAUGCCGACUCAGCGUACGCGUCCACCGGCGCCGUGUGUCGCCUCACGUACCCUGCAGCCGUCGUCUUGAACGAGAAAACCACCAAAGUGAUCGAGGCGGCGUUCCAGCAUGCCAGAUAUCCUGGCGUGAAGGCAGAGAAGUCGGUGCCCUUUUUGGGCGUGGUCUCAUACGGCCUGGACAAUUUGGAGAUUCACAACCUGACGAUCGGUCAAAGCUCCUUUGAUCUUCGUGCAGGUGAAGGCAUCGCCAUGGAGAUAAGCAACGUUUCUGCCGUCUUCACCGGGACCAUCCAUUAUGGAUACGGCAGCUGGGUAGUCAGCGUUAAUCAAUCAAUCAACUUUGAGAUCGAGUCUCAGAUUGACCUUGGAAUCAACCCGAAACUUUACUGUGGAAAAGGCAAAGUAGCAGCAGACACUUCAUCUUGUUACUUGAACUUUGACAAACUACUUUUGCACCUGCAGGGAGACAGAGAACCCAACUUCCUCAAGAGGCUCUUCACAGACUUCAUCCUGUUCACUGUCAAACUAGUAGUCAAGGCGCAGAUUUGUAAAGAGAUCAACAAAGUGGCCAACAUAUUGGCAGAUUUCAUACAAGAAAGAGCAGAGAAGUUCCUCAGUGACGGAGACAUCGGUGUAGACAUCGGUGUGACUGCUGCUCCGGUCAUCACUGCCAAAUACAUAGAAUCGUACCACAAGGGGUUUAUGAAUUAUAAAAACACGUCUUCAGUCAUCGAGGAGUCAGCUUUCAACCCAAGUCAGCUGACUGAUAACAGGAUGCUCUACUUUUGGAUCUCAGACCAGGUCUUAAGUCCGAUGAUGACAGCUGCCCACCAAGAUGGUCGCUUCGAGCUCCACAUCACAGGAAAAGACUUGAUGGAGGAUUUCAAGACCAAUUUCUCCACAACCAUGCCUGAUUUUAUCAGAAAGUGCCUUUUAGAAACGGCUCAUCCAGAGCUUCAUGUGUGGAGUUCUUCUGUUCCCGACAUAAACACGUCCUCCUUUGGCACAACUGUCAGGGCAGAGGCCUCUGGUCGCCUGCGGUGUGACGGUCAAGAUACACUCCUCUUCCAAACUCUCAUCACCACAAAUGUCACUGCUUCUUACGCCAAAAAACACGUCUUACUGCACAGCAAACCUUCAGAGAUUGUUAUUCUACAUGCUGAGCUCUACCAAAACCCUCUGGUAGAUCAAUCACAACUGGAGUUCAUAGAAGAAGCUUUGAGGAGGAUAGGUAUCCCCAAGGUGCUGACUGUGCUUGAAAAGGAAAUAACCAGGCUGUUGGACAAACAGGGAGCAUACUUAUUCGACAUCAAUGACCCAGAAGUGCUUCCUCGGGAUCAACAUGGUGCCAAGGCUGAAGAAAGGAUCCAACGUUUGGCUGCUUUUUACAAAAAACAUUGCAACGGCGCUACUUGUAAUAAUUGCAAGGUUGCUAUUUCCCCCCCACCUCAACCCCGCCCACCUCAACCUCCUCAUGCUCUCUCAGGGAGAGCAUGUCCCAAAUUCCAAGCUGCUGUUUUGAGGCACGUUAAAAAAAAUAAUGCACAUUGUGACUUCAAUAAUAAAUAUGGCAAUGCCAUGUUGGCAUUUUUUUUCCAUAACUUGAGUUGAUUUAUUUAGGAAAAC